AUGAACAGACUUUUGCAAGGUUUGGGCCUGGUGUCAGGCGUCCCUCCAGCCCCACAGGUCGGACCGGAAGUACCCCAAGCAGGAUCUUCGAGCCAGGUCACAAGAGGCACCCCUAUCGCCAACGAGAGAUCUUCGUCAACAACCUCGACACCAUUUUCCACCCCAAUGACGUCCACGCCGUACUGUACACCAGGACAGGGGACUGGGGCAACUGGCGGAGAGGCGGCUCAGUUGGACCGGGACACAGCACCGACAGCAGCAGCUCCAUCAACAGUCCCAUCAUCAGCUCCAUCUGCAAUCGGCAGUACCCAUCAGCAGCCCUCAUCGUCAGCUUCAGUUACCAGCUCCAUCGACAGCACCACCAGCAGCACCAUCAGCAGCCUCAUCGUCAGCUUCAUUACAAGCGCCAUCAGCAGCUCCGUUCGCCACUCCACUAGCAGCACCAUCGACAGCCCUAUCAGCAGCUCCACUAGCAGCACCAGCAGCAGCACCAUCAGCAGUUACAUUGGCCACAGCAACAACCACAGCAGCUCCAGUGACUAUGAAUGUGGCGACACAAACUCUUACAGCAGUGAGUAUGCUAUUGGAGCUCAGACAGCUGAUGAAGCAAGACAGAGACGCCAUGCUAGAUAUAGGCAAAGGGAAGUAAGGCAACAACUUCAAAGGCAACAGCAGCACCAACAGGAACAACGAUUUCAGCUUCAACAACAGCGCCGACAACAACAGCAGCAACAGCCCCGACAGCAGCAGCAGCAGCCCGUUUGCAGCAGCAGCACCAACAGCACCAGCAUGCCAGACAGCAGCAACAACCCCGACAGCAGCAGCCCUGCCUGCAGCGGCAGCAGCACCGUCAGCAACAGCUCCAACAGCAGCAUCAGCCCCGUUUCCAGAGGCAGCGGCUGCAGCUGCACCGACAGCAGCAGCAGCAGCACAGACAGCAUCAAGAAACUCCCUACGAGGAGCUGCUACGUGUUUUCGAUGAGGAGAAGAGGACUUCGAUGUCAUUACCGUACAACAACGGAUCUGCAUGAGACAAAGACAAGGUUAGAGGUCUCAUUCUUUGUGUCUCGCCAGCGGUCCAAUGUCUCCAUCAUCCAGGUUGUCAUCUAUAGCUGUCAUCGACACCCAGCCUCCUCAGCCAGUCCCCGAAAUUGGCAUUCUCAGUCGGCUGAAACAACACUGACCGCAGCUGUGACAGCUCGAACGGCAACUGUUAUAGCAGCAGCACCAAUGGCAACCGUAACGAGUAUGGCCACAGCAACAACCUCAGCACUCGGCAGCAUCACCGGUGAAUAUGGAUGUGACGACUCAACCUCUUCCAGCAGUACCAUUGCUACAGCAGUAGAUCACACCUGUCUUCCCACCUGCUACACCUGUAACGUCAAGCUCACACCAUCAGCAUAUGCAUGUUGUCUAUGUACUCCAGCUAUCUCCCCACCUGAUCUUACCUGGUCUCCCACCUGCUACACCUGUAAUAUCAAACUCAAUCUGUCUCACCUGUCUCACCAUCAGGAUCUUGCAUGUUGUCUACG